AAAAACCCCAGUAGGAGGUCGCGAUUCAGAUUCCCGGAGAGAGGAAGGAGAAAGAAUCAAGAAACUAUGGAUAGAGAAUGGGGUUCCAAACCCGGUUCUGGAGGAGCCGCCUCCGCUCAGAAUGAAGCCAUAGAUCGACGAGAGCGUCUCCGUCGCCUCGCCCUCGAGACCAUCGACCUUGCCAAAGAUCCCUACUUCAUGCGCAACCAUCUCGGAAGUUAUGAGUGUAAGCUGUGUCUGACGCUGCACAACAACGAAGGGAACUACUUGGCGCAUACUCAGGGGAAGCGCCACCAGACCAAUUUGGCGAAGAGAGCUGCGCGCGAGGCGAAGGAGGCUCCUGCUCAGCCCCAGCCCCACAAGCGUAAAGUCUCCGUGCGCAAGACAGUCAAAAUUGGUAGGCCUGGGUAUCGUGUGACAAAACAAUAUGAUCCAGAGACAAAGCAGAGAUCUCUUCUCUUCCAGAUUGAAUAUCCUGAGAUAGAAGACAAUACCAAGCCGAGGCACCGUGUUAUGUCAUCUUAUGAGCAGAGAAUGCAACCUUUUGAUAGGAGAUACCAGUAUCUUCUAUUUGCUGCAGAACCAUAUGAGAUCAUAGCUUUCAAGGUCCCCAGCACUGAGAUUGACAAAUCCACUCCCAAGUUCUUCUCACAUUGGGAUCCCGAUUCCAAAAUGUUCACGCUGCAGGUUUAUUUCAAACCCAAACCACCAGAGGCAAACAAACCUCAGUCUGCUGCUGCAGCCAACGGAACUGCAGCUCCAGGUGCUCCUGCAAGACCUUUACCCCCGCCACCUCAUGCUCCACCACCUCCACCUCCUCCACCACAAGGGUUGCCAAAUGCUCCCAGAGCCCCACUACCUCCAGUUUCUGGUGCACUACCUCCUCCACCACCUAUGAUAAAUGGCCCUAGGCCUAUGCCACCUGGUGGAACUGCACCUCCUCCACCCUUACCUCCUGGAGGUAGUGGAACAAUGUCAAAUUUCCCUCCCAGGCCUCCAAUUCCUCAAGGUUUUCCUGGUCAACAGAUGCCACCACCACCUCAUAAUAUGGGGCAGUAGGUCUCCAGCCAUCCAUCUCUUGCUAGGCAUAUGUCCAUGAAGCAUCUUGCAAAUUAUCAAACUCAUGGAAGAAAGCAUGAUGUGGUUCAGAUUCAGAAAUGUGAUCAAGUUGUAUACUGGAUUUAUUAAUUGAUUUAAGUGGCUUUUGCCCGUCGGGGUGAUAUAAUGUUUCAGUUCUUUUGAUCUCUAGGUUUUGCAUUACCAUGCUUUAAAACCUCUUCCUGUAUUAAUGCUGCAACUGCUGUCAAGAGUUUCGGUUCUGAUAAUACAUGCACAUCUUGAUUUUGUUAAUGACAUAUUCUAUUUAUCUUGCCGAGAAGGCAUUGUUUACAUUCAGACAAGUAAAAAGAUUGAAUUUGA